AUGAAAUUCAAAUAUUUGCUUGGUUGGGUCUAUGAACAAAUUCGUGACUACAAUCUAUUCGCUCCAGAGACAGAUGAUGACAACAACGAUGAGAAUAAACUGGAAGAAUCUGGAACUGCUCUUCGAAAGCAAAAAUAUACAACUCGGUUGUAUGUUCCGCUUGUCAUCGUGUCUCUUUACGUCAUAUUCUACAUAUCUUUGUUCCAGCCACACCCUCGAGAGAUCAUCAUACAAGACGUCACCCGUGAUGUCUUUCAUCAACUACAGCACAAAUACACAGAAACUCUUUCAUGUCCAUGUCGAGAAUUGAAAAUACCGUACAGCGCUUUUGUGUCGACGGUGGUGACAUUACAUCCGAUUUGUUCGAGUGUUUUUGUGAGUGAUGAAUGGAUUGAAGCAUUUUACCUUGCUAAUGCAAGUGAAUAUUACUCGGGUGAUUUUGCCAAUUCUGCCUAUUCUCAGCACAAAAUCUUGGCGAGUCUGUGUAGAUUGUGUAAUAAUAUAUUGAAACAAACUGAAUUGGAUCUCCGCAAUGAAGACUUCAUUGCAAUUGAACUUUCGUCCGAAGAGCGAAUUAAAUCGGAAAUAGCUUCUGUUGUUGGAGGCUUUCGCAGUAGUGCAACGACUCAAAUCACUUCGUACAUCGACUAUAUUAGAACUGUAACUCAAUCAAACCGUUUUAUCUCAAGAUUAAACGCAAAUAUGGUCAUUCUUGGUGAAAAAGUGAAUUCACCGCUGAAAGAUUCGUACGUUUUUCAUGGAUAUUGGUCUUCAAUUGGCGAUCCAUUUAGUUCAGGUGUCAUGCCUGACAAUUUUGUCUGUGACAAAGGAUAUAAACCCGUAUCAUAUGAUAUAUUUGUAUAUAGCAAGAACAUAUCUUUGAGAAAAUCAGCGAAAGGAUUUGCCCAAGGAUGCUAUCCUCUCGAAGGACUACUCGCAAACAAUCUCGAGUGUUUCUCUGAUAUCAACUGUCUGAAUAUGCUUACGAAUCAUUUUUCGAUUCCUGAAAAGAUGCGCACCAAGUUGUCUCAGCUUGUCAUACCUAAAAACGAAGAAAACAAAACAGUCUAUGACCAUCUGCGCACACUUUUCAUCAACACAUCGUCAACAAAUAUAGACUAUUCGAUUUAUUUCGACACAUGUGCAGCAUCUCAUUGUGCAUAUACUAUAACAAAGCAAACUGCGUUUGCUAGUGCCGUGACGAUUUUAAUUGGUCUAUAUGGUGGUCUUAUUGCUAUCUGCCGACUUUUGGUACCGUGUAUAAUCAAUGUUCUCAUGAAAUGCAAACAUCGAUCAAGAAGCAAUGGAAUUAUCAAUAUCGUGCACCCAAUGACAUGUCUUAAAAAUUGUGUUCAACGGUUGGCAAGACUAAAUUUAUUCAAGACGAAUACUGAUCGAACGGAAGAUAAUAUAAAACGAGAACUGAUCAGCACACGUGUUUAUUUAAUAUUAUUUCCAAGUGUAUUUACAAUAAUUAUCUUAUUCAUUUCAUUCAACACUCAAACAGUGACACAGGUUGUGCUAAAUCCCACUUUGAACGAGUACAAACAUCUCAAAACAUUGUAUGCGAACAAGCUGACAUGUCCAUGCUCUUCAAUCGUCAUAUCUUACGAUAAAUUCAUCAAACUAUCAAAAACUGUCCAUUCGAUAUGUUCGAGUGAUUUGGUCAGCGAGUAUUGGAUUUCAGUUUUGAGCAAAAUUAUACCAAACUCACAACCACCGAAGGAUUGGAGUAGUUUUAUCCACAUACAAUUUCAACUCUUAUCCGAUUUAUGCGACUUAGCUAACAAAACAAUUGAGAAUGCUAUGGGCAGUUUUCUCAAUCAAGUCUUUAUUACGUCAAAUGUUAUCCACACGAGUGAAUUUACUGAACGAUUCAAUUCAACCCUUACAGAAUUCUUUCAUUCAACGAUUAUUGAUUUCACACAACUUGUGAGAACAGUUCGUUUAGUUAUUCAAGCUGAUCAACCUUUUUCUCCUGUGGAGCUAGAUAUAUACAGAAAUACACUAGAACUGAUUGCAAACGAAGUAGCGUCCGAAGCAAAUAAUGGAUCCUCAGUGAUGAUUCGAUUCGUUCCCAGAACGCUGUCCAAUGCAAGUACCGAUUCUGCGAAAUGCUUUUGUGCAGCCGAUCAAUAUUGUCAUACGUUCUUCCCAACUUAUCUCGAUAUAUGGCUGUACGAAAAAGAUUUCGAACCGUAUUCUAAUGAACUACCGGGCGCAACACUCGGCUGUUAUUUUAUUGAUUCUACUCUAUUCUCAACACUCGAUUGCUUUUACCUACAUUCGCCCUGUUUUAAACUUAUCAGACACUUGUUAAGGAGUAAGUAUGUCACUUCAAGUUCGAAACCAUGGAACGAUAUUCCGCCACUGAUUUACGAUGCGAAAUUCAGUCGUUUUCCAUCAAAUACUCCAAUAUCAUUUCUAGUCGAAAACGCGAUGAUUGAAAGAUGGAAUUCAUCCGUCAUAUACGAACAAUAUUUUGACACAUGUGCACCGAAAUAUUGUACUUAUUCAAUUGAAAUCCUUGCCAAGACUUUUACCGAAGUGCUGACUGUAGCGGUAUCUAUGCUUAGUGGAAUUUCUGUUAUAUUACGAUAUGUCACAAUCUAUUUGGUGAAAUUCGUUUUCUACAUAGCAACUUGCAAGCUGAAAAGACAGCGGAAAACACCUUCACAACGAAUACGAGGUAAUUGA